GAGGGAUUGGGCAGAUACCUAUGACGCAUUGCUUUUGAAAAGGAGAAAUGGUGUCGCUGAUGACUGGAGGCCGGUCCAGCAUUCACAAGGGCUGCGCAUCUCGUCGCAGCUUCCCGUGCUUCAAGGCGGUCGCGCCAACUGCGUCUGCUUUCUCCCUGAGAAAGUAGCCUACAAUUUACAGGAUUUAGCCCUGCCUUGGACAGCUGGACUGUUUUCUAAGACUUGUUUUAAAUCUACCUGCCUCUAGUGGGGGACGUACAGAGUCCGCUGAACGCAGGGCGAAACAUGAGGGGUGACCUAGAAGCCCCAGCCUCUCCGGGAAUAGAAGGCGCUGCCAUCAGGUGCAGGGAUGUGUGCCGCUCCUACGGCAAGCUGAAGGUGCUCAGCAGCCUCAACCUGACGGUGCCGCAAGGACAGAUUUACGGUCUGCUGGGGCCCAGUGGAUGCGGGAAGACCACGCUACUGAAAUGCAUCGUGGGGACUCUGAAGAUCUCUCGGGGCCACAUCACCGUGCUGGGCAAGCCGCCAGCCUUCCCUGGCCACGAGGUGCCGGGCAAAAUGGUUGGCUACAUGCCACAGGACAUUGCCUUGUACAGUGAGUUCACCAUCAGUGACACGCUGUGGUUUUUCGGGCGGAUACACGGCCUCAACUCCAAAGAGACGCAAGCCAGGAUGGAUUUCCUCAUCGACUUCCUGGACCUGCCCCAGAAGAACAGCCUCGUCAGAAAUCUCAGUGGUGGUCAGAGGAGAAGAGUGUCUCUGGGUGCAGCGCUGCUGCAGAACCCCAGACUGCUGAUCCUGGAUGAGCCCACGGUGGGAGUGGACCCGGUGCUGAGGGCCAAGAUCUGGCAGCAUCUAGUAGAUAUUGUGAGGGGAGGACAGGUGUCUGUCAUCAUUACAACGCAUUACAUUGAAGAGGCCAGACAGGCCACCACGGUGGGUCUGAUGAGAGGUGGAAGGCUGCUUGCUGAGGCUCCACCUGAGGCUGUGAUGAAACAGCACAACUCAUUAACGCUGGAGUGUGCCUUCCUGCAGCUGUGUGAGGACUCAGACCAGAUGGUGUCCAAGCAGGAGGGCGGUGGCGUGGGUGGCAGCUCGGGCUCGGAGGGCAAGCUGAUGGUGGACAGCCAGACGCCAGAGAGCUGUCGAGACGAGAGCCACCCCAUACUCAGCACCGGGAAGAGCUCGUCCAGCACCGACGACACACCCAGGUUCUCAGUGGACUGGAAGGUGAGGGUGCGCCACGUGGUGCCAAAGUGGCGGAAUGUUGCUGCUCUGGUGAUCAAGACCAUGGUGAGGAUGAAGAGGAUGCCGGGGUCUCUUUGUUUCCAGUUCCUGCUGCCUGUGAUCCAGAUCUCCCUGAUGUGCUUGUGUAUCGGCGGCGACCCCAAAGGCAUCCAGGUGGCCGUGGUAAAUAACGAGACGGGAGCUCACGCCUUCAGCAGAUCACUGCUCUCAUUCCUAGACAACAGCAGUAUUAUACAGGUGAACCUGUCCCAUGCGGAAGCCUUUGAGGGGAUCUACAACGGGGAGUACUGGGGAGUCAUCGAGUUUGGACAGAACUUCACCAGCUACCUGACUAAGAGAAUGCUGAAUCCUAGGACUACACGAGAAGUGGUGGAUGGGGGCUCUGUGCAUGUGUGGUUGGACCUCACCAAUCGUCAAAUUGCACUAAUGCUGCAAAAGAAGCUGCAUGAGGCGUUUGAGGGUUUUGUCAACGCAAAACUGGGCACCAUGGCUUAUAUGGUGGCUCCUCCUAUCAAGUUUGAGGAGCCCAUAUACGGCAGCAAGAACACAGACUUCACCACCUUCGUAACUCCAGGGGCCGUGCUGAGUAUUACCUUCUACCUGGCGGUAGGACUGACUGCUCUGUCGUUCGUGCUGGAGAGGAAGGAGGGGUUGCUGGACAGGUGUUGGGUUGCAGGUGUGAGCUCCCUGGAGACUAUGCUGGCCCACCUGUUCUCUCAGCUCCUGGUCAUCAGCGUCCAGAUCAUCCUCCUCCUCAUCUUCAUCCUCCUCGUCUUCAAGAUCCCUAAUGAGGGUUCCCUGGCGCUGGUGGUGUCCCUGAUUGUGCUCCAGGGGGUGACGGGCAUCUCCUUCGGACUGGUCAUCUCCUCCGCCAUCGACGACGAGCAGUCUGCCAACCAGGCCGCCCUCGGCAUCUUCUACCCCAACCUCAUCAUCAGCGGUGUGAUCUGGCCAGUGGAAUGUAUCCCGUAUCCGUUGCGCUACGUGAGCCUGGCCCUGCCCCAGACCUAUGCAUCAGAGGCCCUACGAUGCAUCAUGUACCGAGGCUGGGGUCUGACGCGACUGAUGGUGUGGAGAGGCUUCGCUGUGACGCUGGGCUGGAACACUUUCUUCCUCAUCCUGGCCACAGUCAUCCUCAAACUACGGUCCUGAGAAUCCCCUCCUGUCAGGAAGACGCCAUCCAUCCUUCCAUCCAAACGAGGGAUGAAGAAGCCACGCAAAGUGGGAGGAGAGGGACGAGAGAGCCUAGCCUGGACUGAACAGGACUGGCCUGGUUUCCACGGACUAGCAUUGUAGUCCUUUCUCUCACACUCUCUUUAUUUCUCUCUCGCUCUCUCUCUCUCUCUCUCUCUCUCUCUCUCUCUCUCGCUCUCUCCUGUACGAGGGCCAACUCACAACAACAGUGGGCCUCCAGAAAUGAAAACAAGGGUGGGUGUCUGGGCUUGUCAGUCUGUGCCUUGGCCCCCAUA